AUGACCAAGUACGAGUAUGAGACCUGUAAAGGUCAUACACAUGUGGAAGCAAACGAACAAGACUGGUCCCGACAUAAAAUGAAGGGACAAGAGCCUUCUCUUUUGUGUCAAAAAAUAUCAAAAAGCCAUCCAAUACCAACCCACCAUACGAUUUCAAGUCGCCCCAUAAGGAUUGUGGCUGCUUCACCCUAUGAUGCAGACCUACAAAUGGUGGACUUAUGCUCGGCUUUCUUGACUGUGAAGACAGCUUCAAAAUUCAAUAACAGAGGGACAAGAUGUCCUAGAGUGAGAACAACAAGCAUGACGACUGAAACAAAGGGCAGCACAUUUGCAUGCCUUUUGACAUGCACUAUCUGCAGACCCACAAAAAUGCACAAAAGCGUGUUGGAAACUAGGACCAUGGUCAUCUCCAUAUCCAUCGUCCAUAUGGAGUACAUCACGCUUGGCAUGAAACUGUUAUUUCCUCUCCCAAGGAAAUUGCAGUUCAUGCCAAUGCAGGCAUUCUCAUACUCCAAUUCGAACUUUCGUGCAGAUCUUGCUGAAGAAGGAGAGGAACCUGGGGACCGCACAAACAUCCUUGUCCGUAAUGUUGACGCCGCAGCCAACGUAGGCGCGUUGAAGGGAGAGAAAGCCGCGGCCGACGACGCCGGCGAGGAAUAUGAGGAGAACAACCACCGUGGACGAGAACGUGGCGAAUCGCGGGCUGCAUCUGGGGUUUGUGGAGGUGGAGAUGAGAGGAUCUCCAUGGAUGGGGCGCCUUCUCCUUUGUGUCAAAAAAUAUGUGGAACACAAACUGAGGCAGCAAAAAGCCAUCCAUUACAAACCCACCAUACGAUUUCAAGUCGUCCCAUAAGGAUUGUGGCUCUUUCACCCUAUAAUGCAGAAGUACAUACAGUGGCGUUAUGCUCGGCUUUCUUGACUGGUGAACAAGCCACGCAAUCAAUCCUCCACCAAUAUAUAAAGGUGCCAAAAGAUAUAAAACUUUCUUUUCAUGUGUCCAUGGAUUUUUCUGGCUUCCGUCGGCUGACCUUGCAGACCAGGUCAUUUGGAGAAGACGACAUUCCAGUAAGAAGGCUACCAUGUAACUUCAACCCACUCGUCCCCACCAAAGUAAAAAUCGAAACUUUUGCGGCCCCUCGUGAAGACAGCUUCAAAAUUCAAUAA